AUGCAUUUGAAGAGCACCCGCGGCCCCAUUGACGUCCUGGUGUGCCCCGAGAUCGAAGACGAUCGUCCUCCCUCCCCCUCUCCCUCAACUCACGCAGACCACACCCCCUACACCAGCUGCGACGAGUCAACAACUCCGCAUAAACUGACAAUGUCCCAACAGCACCAAGACUUUAGCAACCUGUCCUCCAGUAGUGCCGCUGUGGCUGCUGCCGGGCUGAUAUCAGCAGACGAGAACGACGUUUCCCUCAGUUCGAUAGCCGACGCGGCACCGGACGACCUGGACUGUCUCCUGAGCGGACUAGGGCAGCUAGACCCCGGCGUGCUACUCCCGAGCCUCGCCAGUUUCGAGUCGCUCUCUCCCCCACUUCAAGAUGGGGAUUUUAACUUUGGACUGGACGUGACUGAAGGUAUAGGAGACCUUUUCGACUUGUAG